AUGAGCGAUCUAGACAAGGCGAUUGCGCAGUUGCGCUCAUGCCGGCCAAUCCCAGAGUCGCAAGUCCGCGAGCUCUGCUACAAAGCCAGAGAGCUAUUGAUCGAAGAAGGCAACGUCGUCACCGUAAAUGCCCCAGUCACGAUAUGCGGCGACAUCCACGGCCAGUUCCAUGACUUGAUGGAGCUCUUCCGCGUUGGUGGCCCUGUUCCUGACACCAACUACCUCUUCAUGGGCGACUUUGUCGACCGCGGCUUCUACUCGCUUGAAUCCUUCCUCCUCCUCCUCUGCCUCAAGGUCCGCUACCCCGAUCGUAUCACCCUCAUCCGUGGCAACCACGAAUCAAGACAGAUCACCACCGUUUACGGCUUCUACGACGAAUGCCUACGCAAAUACGGCAGCGCCAACGUCUGGCGAUAUUGCUGCGAAGUCUUUGACUACCUUGCCCUAGGAGCUCUGAUCCUAGGCGCCGCAAACGAACUCGGUCCCACCACCGCCGAACUUCCAAAUGACCCUCAACAACCCUGCUCCGAAUCUCUCGAAGACGUCGAAAUCGAAAUCAUAAACUCGCAUAAUCAAGUCAUGAAUCGCUUUCCUCGCCCGAAACCCUCCACUGAAUCCUCCGUACCCAACAGCCCCUCAAAUACCGGCCCUGCAGGCACAGGCGCAACCUCCUCAAGUAGUGGCUCCGCAUCAAAUCCAGGCGGUGCCGUACUAUGCGUCCACGGCGGCCUAUCACCCUUGAUUGACAGCAUCGACAAAAUCAGACUCAUCGACCGCAAGCAAGAAGUGCCCCACGAAGGCGCCAUGUGCGAUCUUCUCUGGUCUGAUCCAGACGACAUUGACGGUUGGGGCCUCUCCCCCCGAGGCGCUGGUUUCCUCUUCGGCGCCGACAUAGUCAAACACUUCAACCACAAAAACGACUUGUCGCUCAUCGCUAGAGCACACCAGCUUGUUAUGGAAGGCUUCAAGGAAAUGUUUGAUAAUACGAUUGUCACGGUGUGGAGUGCGCCUAAUUAUUGCUAUCGCUGUGGCAAUGUUGCUGCAAUUCUGGAGCUGUCCGAGGAUGGUGCUAAUGGCGGGUAUACGCCACGCAGUAAUGGCGAAGUCGAACGAUCACAGGCAGUCGUUACUGACAUGGUCUUGAAACAAGGGCCGGGGAGGAGGUAUCGUGUCUUUGAGGCUGCGCCGCAGGAUUCUAGGGGGAUGCCAGCCAAAAAGCCAGUGGCUGAUUACUUUUUGUAA